GGGCAGCGGCGGCGCCGCUCGCACGUGGAGCCGCUGCCAUGGCGGCCGUGCGGGUGGAGGCGGUGCUGGCGGCCGCCGAGGAGCAGGAGGCGGAGAAGCGGCGGAGCAUCACGGUGGAAAAGGAGCUGGAGCUGGAGUACGACCUGGGCAAUUUGCUGGCCGUGGACCGCAACCCGCCUCCGGCGGCGGCGCUGCGCGGGGCCGGCCCGCGGCGGGAGGCGCUGCUGCGGGCGCUGGCCCGCGACAACACGCAGCUGCUCGUGUCGCGGCUCUGGGAGCUGCCGGCCGAGCGCGCCGGCGGCGCCGGGGGCCCGCUGGUGGCGCAGCUGCCCGAGCCCGCGUUCCGCCUGCCGCGGGAGAAGCCGCCGCCCAAGCCGCGGCCGCCGACGCGCUGGGAGCAGUUCGCGCGGCUGAAGGGCAUCCGCCGCAAGAAGAAAACCUCGCUGGUGUGGGACGAGCAGGCCAAGGAGUGGCGGCGGCGCUGGGGCUACCGGCGGGCGGGCGGAGACCCGUCCCGCGCCUGGCUGGCGGAGGUGCCGGCGGGCGCCGACCCCGAGGAGGACCAGUUCGCCCGGCUGCGGCGGGAGAAGCGGGAGCGGGUGGCGCGCAACGAGCUGAACCGGCUGCGCAACCUGGCCCGGGCGCACCGCGCCGGGAGCGCCGUGCCCGCCGCGCCCCUGCACCCCACCGGGCACCAGGACCGCGAGGAGCUGCGGCGGGCGGCCCGCGUGGCCCGCGUCUCCACCGCCUCGCUCGGCCGCUUCCAGCCGCGCCUGCCCAAGGAGUCAGCGGAGCCGCCCUCCCGCAGCGGCGGCAAGAAGCGCCGCUUCGAGCCGCUGCUGGGCAACCUGGCGGCCGAGCGCAGCCGGCAGCUGGAGCUGCUGCGGGACAUGGGCAGCAAGAAGCCGGUGCUCGACAUCACCCGCGCCGUCAACAAGCAGCUGCGGCAGGAGGAGGCCGAGGCGGCCGCUGCCAACAAGGGCAAGAAGCAGUCGAAGCGGGGCAAGCGCGGCCGCCGGCAGCAGCGGCCGGGGCGCAGCGGCAAGAAGAGCGCAGCCCGGCGGCAGCCGCAGAAGCCUGCGGGCGGCGGCAGCGGCGGGGCCAGGAGGAAGAAGGCGUGA